AGGAGCUGGGUAUGCAUGGUGCUGCAUGCCAGUAACCCCAGCAUUCGGGAGGUUGAGGCAGGAGCAUCUCUGGGCCAGCCUGAGCAGCCUCAUGAGUUCAAGUCCAUCCUGAGCUGUGUAGCAAAGUGUCCAGUCUACUUUCUGGGAUCUGCCCCUUUUGGGAGAUGUACUGGCCCAUCCAGAGAAAGAGACCAGCGUGGAGACACAGCUGGUGAGAAAACUGAGAAGAUCCUGCGGGAGUUCGUCCAGUUCUACGAGGACCAGUAUGGCGUCGCACUUUUUAACAGCAUGCGCCACGAGAUUGAGGGCACCGGGAUGCCGCAGGCACAGCUGCUUUGGCGCAAGGUGCCGCUGGACGAGCGCAUCAUCUUCUCGGGGAACCUCUUCCAGUACCAGGAGGACAGCAAGAAGUGGAGGAACCGCUUCAGCCUGGUGCCCCACAACUACGGGCUGGUGCUGCAUGAGAACAAAGUGGCCUAUGAGCGGCAGGUCCCACCCCGCGCCAUCAUCAACAGUGCCGGCUACAAAGUCCUCACCUCGCUGGACCAAUACCUGGAGCUGGUUGGCAACUCCUUACCAGGGACCACAUCAAAACCGGGUAGCACCCCCAUCUUCAAGUGCCCCACCCAGUUCCCACUGAUCCUCUGGCAUCCUUAUGCACGACACUACUACUUUUGCAUGAUGACAGAAGCCGAGCAGGACAAGUGGCAGGCGGUGGUGCAGGACUGCGUCCGGCACUGCAAUAACGGCAUCCCCGAGGACUCCAAGGUGGAGGGCCCGGCUUUCACAGAUGCCAUCCGCAUGUACCGCCAGGCCAAGGAGCUGUACGGCACCUGGGAGAUGCUGUGCGGGAACGAGGUGCAGAUCCUGAGCAACCUGGUAAUGGAGGAGCUGGGCCCCGAGCUGAAGGCAGAGCUUGCACCGAGGCUGAAGGGGAAACUGCAGGAGCGGCAACGACAGUGGAUCCAGAUCUCAGACUCCGCAUACCGUAUGGUGUAUGAGCGGGUCAAGGUGCUUUUCGAGGAGACGCUGUCCAAGCUGCAGCGGGCCCGGCCCGCCAUGGAGGCGACCAUCCGCACGGACAUGGACCAGAUCAUCACCUCCAAGGAGCACCUGGCCAGCAAGAUUCGAGCGUUUAUCCUGCCCAAGGCGGAAGUGUGUGUGCGGAACCACGUCCAGCCCUAUAUCUCGUCCAUCCUGGAGGCCCUCAUGGUACCCACCAGCCAGGGCUUCACCGAGGUGCGGGAUGUCUUCUUCAAGGAGGUCACCGACAUGAACCUGAACGUGAUCAACGAGGGUGGCAUCGACAAGCUGGGCGAGUACAUGGAGAAGCUGUCCCAGCUAGCCUACCACCCGCUGAAGAUGCAGGGAUGCUACGACAAGAUGGAGCCGCUGCGGCUCGAUGGGCUGCAGCAGCGCUUUGAUGUGUCCAGCACCUCCGUGUUCAAGCAGCGCGCCCAGAUCCUCAUGCGCGAGCAAAUGGACAAUGCAGUGUACACCUUCGAGACGUUGCUGCACCAGGAGCUGGGAAAGGGGCCCACGCGGGAGGAGCUGUGCAAGUCCAUCCAGCGCAUCCUGGAGCGGGUACUCAAGAAAUAUGACUACGACAGCAGCACGGUGCGCAAGCGGUUCUUCCGGGAGGCGCUGCUGCAGGUCACCAUCCCCUUCCUGCUCAAGAAGCUGGCGCCCACCUGCAAGUCGGAGCUGCCCCGCUUCCAGGAGCUGAUCUUCGAGGACUUUGCCAGGUUCCUCCUGGUCGAGAACACAUACGAGGAGGUGGUGCUGCAGACCGUCAUGAAGGACAUACUGCAGGCUGUGAAGGAGGCCGCAGUGCAGCGGAAGCACAACCUGUACCGGGACAGCGUGGUCCUGCACAACAGUGACCCCAACCUGCACCUGCUGGCCGAGGGUGCGCCCAUCGACUGGGGUGAAGAAUACGGUGACCGUGGUGAUGGUGGUGGGGGCAGCCCGGGUCCUGUGGCCCCCGAAGGGGCCACCCUUUCGGAGAAGCGCCGGCGCGCCAAGCAGGUGGUGUCUGUGGUCCAGGAUGAGGAGGCAGGGCUGCCUCUCGAGGUGGGCUCUGAGCCAUCCCCAGCGUGCCCAGCAUCCCCGGACAGUGUCAACACGAUCCGAAGCCUUCUGUCCCAGGAUCUGCAGGCUGAGAGCCCCCUGCUCAAUGGGGCCCCGGUCCAGGAGACCCCCCAGCCCGAGGCAGUCCCCGAGAUGCCCCCGCAUCUCCCCCCUGAGAAGGCUGUGGACCUUGAGCCCUCCAACCCCACCAACCAGGAGACCGGGGAGCAGGUGUCCAGCCCCGGUGGCUGCACCCUGAUCCACACCACCUCUGAGGACAGCUCGGGGGUGCAGACGGAGUUUUAGGCUCGGCUGAGCGGCUGCUUCCUUGGAGGCACCAGCGGGCUCAGGGGGCCCUGGGCAGGGGCAGUGCUCUGUGCCCACUGAGUCACUUUACUGGGUGCGGCCCAGCCUCGGCUGCUCCCCAUCUUCCCUUCUGUGGGCUGAUCUUGGAUGCAGGGUCUGGUUUCCAGGCUUUCUCUUUGUGCUGGGGGUUCAGUGCAGCUGGAGGGGACCGGGGUGCUCCUCCAUCCUACCCUGUUUCUGGCACCUCCAUUUCCCUGUGGGUCUUGCCAUCCCGGAGGGAGAAGGAUGGGUGCGGGGCGCUGCCCCUAAGUCUGGGAAGCUGGCGAAUUGACCUCAUCCCACCAGGGGGCGUGCUGGGGCCCCAUUUCCGUCCUGCCACCCCAGGCUACCCUGCCUGGCUGAGGGUGCUGGAAGAGGGGGUCACCAAGUGGGGAUAGGAGAGUGCUGUAUGUGGCCCUGUUCCUGAGGGGAGUGGUGAGGGGCCAUGGAUGCGAGAAAGACCUGGGACGUGCUGAUAUGUGUGGUGAGAAGUGUCGGAGAGAUGAGUUGAGGUUGGGGUGCGUGAGCUGUGUAGGAGGCUCCAGGCUGAGGGGGCAGAGUGUGUCUUGGGAAGUGGGGGAUCUGGGGGGGCCUCUGCACACACCUGUUUCUCCCAGUCCCCACCGGUCUCCAGCCUGCUGCCUGGGAUCCAGGGUGGUCUUGGAGUUCCCUGCCCCCUGCCCUGUUGGCCUUGGUUCACCUUUUGACCUGGCAGAUUGCUUGGAGGCCUAGUGUUACCUCCCUGCCACCUCCAAGGGACCUGGACAGGGCUUCCAAGGGCAAGUGGGGCACGGCCUCUGCUGCCUCUGAGCCCCAAGUCACCUGACCUUCGAAAUUCUGGGUCCUGCUCUAAAAAUGCCCUCAUGAAUCACCUGGGGCUUGGUGUGGCCUCCACUGCUUGGUCUGAGUGCGAAGGUCAGGCUGAGGAAGCCCUGGGGUGGCAGCCCCCACCCAGGGUCCCACUUGGCAACUCUGUGCUCCAGACCUGCUCCUCAGGGCAGGGACCUUAGACCCACAGGAUGGCAGCGGGUGCUCAGGGACCCCUAGCCCCCCAGGCCCAAUGUUGGCUGCAUCACUAACUUCUUCGGAUGUUCCCCUCUAGUGCCUUGGGGGUUUCAAUCAGCCUUUCCGGAUAUGGUAUUGCAAAUACUAUGCAAACUGUUUAAGCUUCUGCUAAUCAAUAAAUGCUUUAUUUAAA